AUGGGCGCCAUGAGGCGACGUGGCAUCGCCUUGCUUGCCAUCUCAGCGGCCGUAGGCGUGUGUAGCCCACACCUGGCGCUGUCCUUGCCGGAGAAGUCUUCAAUAGAUGCGCUGGCCUCUUUGCUGUCGGCCCUGGUCAACCUGGGCGCAGCGGCAGCGAUGAUCUUGGCAGUCAGCAAGCUGGCGAAGAUGGACUUCCAGCAGGGCCUCAACCAGGACAUCCCUGGCUUGGGCAGGCAGACGUCGCUGGGCCGGCAGGUGUCUGUGGCCGAGGGGCUGCCCAACGCUUUCGAGAUGAAGGGGGAGGGUCGGGGCAGCUCGACAGUGCUGCAGCCGAAAACCGGAGAGUCCAUCGUGGUGCAGGACACUGCAGAGGCGGUGAAGGCUAUGAAGAGUGUGUUCAUGAGGCUUUGCCAGUCCUCCAAGGAGCAGAUCUCCGUCAGCGAUGUCGUGAAGGUUCACAACCUCUUGGGCGAGCCCAUUGACGCUGAGGAGCAAAAGCAGCUGAUGGAUUUCUUCAAAGCGACAUCGAAGUCGACACCUUGCAUCAGCUUUGACAUGUUCAUGCGCUGGUGGAACGAACUGCAUGACAGCUCCACGGACCCAGACCAGUAUUAUACCAAUGAGCGAUACCGACAGCGCUUCAAGGUGCUCCACUCGCGUCUGAAAGAUGCGAAGAUGGCUCAAAUUACAUCAGUGCCAGAAGGGGACCCAAGCUCUCGGCGCUUCCGGGUUUGGUUCGAGUGUGAUGGGCAGCGGCUGUCCCCCUGGCACGACAUCCCUCUUCGCAACCCGGAUGGCUCUUACAACUUCAUUUGCGAGAUCCCAAAGUGGACUAGGAAGAAGUAUGAGAUCGCAACAGGCGAGGCGAUGAACCCCAUCAAGCAGGACGUGAAGAACGGCGUCCUUCGCGAAUACAAGUGGGGGGACAUGCUCUUUAACUACGGAGCCUUCCCACAGACCUGGGAGGAUCCAAAACACGUCUCGGAGGACACGGGAUAUCCCGGAGACAACGAUCCGGUGGAUUGCAUCGAGUUGGGCUCCCGGCAGCGGCCAGUGGGGUCCAUCACCAGCGUAAAGAUUUUGGGGGUCAUUGCCAUGAUCGACGAUGACGAGACAGACUGGAAAGUUCUGACCAUCGCCAUGGAUGAUGAUAAGGCGCAGAACAUGCAUGACCUCGGGGACGUCGAUGCGCAUUUCCCGGGCAUGACUGCAGCCUUGACAGACUGGCUGCGCUUGUACAAGACGGCGGAUGGCAAGAAGGAGAACAAGUUCGGCUGCGGCGGCAAGCCACAGGGCGCCGCCUUCGCGAGGAGGGUGGUCGAUGAAACCCAUAACCACUGGCGCAAGCUCAUGGCCGAUGCCGACGAGAAGGGGAAGGUCAAGAAGGUGGCAAGUGGCAACAACCUCUUCACAGACCUUGCGCUGGGUGAGGACGAUUGA